CCAAACUUCCCAUAUAAACUCCCCCAACUUCUCUGCAAUUCCCACAACCUCAAAAAACAACUCAUCUAUCAACCAGCAGCAACAAAGCUUCAACCUUUCUCAGCCAUGGCAACCUCUGCAUUCCAACAGUCUGCAUUCGCUGGCCAAACUGCUCUCAAGCAGGCUGAUGGGCUCCUUCGCAAGUUUGGUUCUUUUGGCGAAGGCCGGAUCAACAUGCGCCGGACUGUGAAAAGUGUUCCCCAGAGCAUUUGGUAUGGAGCAGACCGUCCCAAGUACUUGGGUCCAUUCUCUGAGCAAACCCCAUCAUACCUGACUGGAGAAUUCCCCGGUGACUAUGGCUGGGACACUGCUGGACUAUCAGCAGACCCUGAGACGUUCGCCAAGAACCGUGAGCUCGAGGUGAUCCACUGCAGAUGGGCUAUGCUUGGAGCACUAGGCUGUGUCUUCCCUGAGGUCCUCUCCAAGAACGGCGUGAAAUUCGGUGAAGCAGUCUGGUUCAAAGCUGGAGCUCAAAUCUUCUCCGAGGGCGGUCUGGAUUACCUUGGCAACCCAAACCUCAUCCACGCGCAGAGCAUUCUUGCGAUCUGGGCUUGCCAGGUUGUGCUCAUGGGAUUUGUUGAGGGCUACAGAGUUGGUGGUGGACCUCUUGGCGAGGGACUUGACCCCCUUUACCCUGGUGGAGCUUUCGACCCUCUUGGUUUGGCUGAUGACCCGGAAGCAUUCGCUGAGUUGAAGGUCAAGGAAAUCAAGAAUGGCCGCCUGGCUAUGUUCUCCAUGUUUGGAUUCUUCGUCCAGGCCAUUGUUACUGGAAAAGGUCCCGUUGAGAACCUUUUCGAUCAUGUUGCUGACCCAGUUGCGAACAAUGCCUGGGCUUUCGCCACCAACUUCGUCCCUGGGAAAUGAACGGAACCUAAACAAUGAUCCAUUCAAUGUUGUAAUAGCUGAGAGCUCUAAAAGUACUGUGUAAUUUUUAACUGAAGCAAAAGCAUGGAAUGCAACUUUCUACUUUCUGCUGUCCCAAAAAAAAAAAAAAAAAACUAGCCAUUGCAAAUAAACCAUCAAGAAGCUAUUGAAUCGCUUACUCCUUCAAUUGUCACCAACCAAACAACGAAGAAGCUUACCAGAAGCAGACCCUUCAAACGGACGCCCCAAAGAACCAUAUUACCUAAACUGAAACCCCUCACGCAACCAAACCAUAGUCUUAACUAAGCUUUCAGAUAUUGAGAAAAGGAGUUGGAUUUUUUAGGCGGAGACAGGGUUUCAGCGGAUGGACGACGCGGGGUUGAGGGGGAAACAACAGAGCAGUUGCGUCGGGAUUGUGGGGUCGAGAUUGAGGGAGAAGAAAAAGGGGCGCUACUCCGGGAUUUAGGGUUCGACAUGGAGCUGAUUUUAAUCUUUCUUUCUCUACUUCCAUCUAUAAUUUGUUAUGCUCUUCCACACCUAAUUCAGAACGGCGACGAAAGAGAAGCUUUGGCAGCCGAUGAGGAGCAAAGGAUGUAGCAGUGAAGAAUGAAUGGCGAUCGGGAAAAUGGAAAUAGAUCCCCCUCAGGAAUUCCGGCGAGUAACAAAUUCAUUGGAGAUCAGAGGUUAGGAAACACGGCGGAUCUGAAUUCUGCAGGUAAAGGACGGACGGACUCACAGGUUCUGUAAUUUAGUGACCACAUGUGUGGCUCGCAGUCGCCUUGGCCCCAUCAAAACGAAGAUCUUCCAAAUCCCAUCUGGCACAUCUUCAACCUCUACUACCUUGAGUAAGAAUCUUACCCGAAUAGACCCACAUCCACUAUCCAGCCCCAAUAACCAAUUAGCAGCUGCUGACAUGGAGAUUUCCCCAAUCCACAGAGACCCAAACUUCCCAUAUAAACUGCCCCAACUUCUCUACACUUCCCACAACGAAAAACAGCUCAUCAUCAUCACCCAGCAGCAAGAAAGCUCCGACCUUUCUCAGUCAUGGCAACCUCUGCAUUCCAGCAGUCUGCAUUCGCUGGCCAAACUGCGCUGAAGCAGGCUGAUGAGCUCCUUCGCAAGGUUGGUUCUUUUGGCGACGGCCGGAUCAACAUGCGCCGCACUGUGAAAAGUGUUCCCCAAAGCAUUUGGUAUGGAGCAGACCGUCCCAAGUACUUGGGUCCAUUCUCAGAGCAAACCCCAUCAUACCUCACCGGAGAAUUCCCCGGUGACUAUGGCUGGGACACUGCUGGACUAUCAGCAGACCCCGAGACAUUCGCCAAGAACCGUGAACUCGAGGUGAUCCACUGCAGAUGGGCUAUGCUUGGAGCCCUCGGCUGUGUCUUCCCUGAAGUCCUUUCCAAGAACGGUGUGAAAUUCGGUGAGGCAGUCUGGUUCAAAGCUGGAGCUCAAAUCUUCUCCGAGGGCGGUCUGGAUUACCUUGGCAACCCGAACCUCAUCCACGCGCAGAGCAUUCUUGCGAUUUGGGCUUGCCAGGUUGUGCUCAUGGGAUUCAUUGAGGGCUACAGAGUUGGUGGUGGACCUCUUGGCGAGGGACUUGACCCCCUUUACCCUGGUGGAGCUUUCGACCCUCUUGGUUUGGCUGAUGACCCCGAAGCGUUCGCUGAGUUGAAGGUCAAGGAAAUCAAGAAUGGCCGCCUGGCUAUGUUCUCCAUGUUUGGAUUCUUCGUUCAGGCCAUCGUCACUGGAAAAGGUCCCGUUGAGAACCUUUUCGACCAUGUUGCUGACCCGGUAGCGAACAAUGCCUGGGCUUUCGCCACCAACUUCGUCCCUGGGAAAUGAACGGAACUAAAACUAUGACCCCAUUCAAUGUUGUGAUAGCUGAGAAUUCUGAUAGUUGCUUUCUGCAGGAACUCUAUGUAUCUUUGAACUGAAGCAAAAUCAUGGAAUGGAACUUUCUACUUUCUGCUGUCUCGAUGUUAAUUUUAGUCAUGAUAAUAUCGAACGAUUAUAAAGACGUCACAAACCCAUUAGGGAGUACUUGCCUGUUCAAUCUGUUCAUUUUGUUUUUGGUGUUGUAGAUAACAGGAAGGAGAGAUCUUUGGGGCUUCUAACACAGAAUUUUGUAUGUGAGUUGGAGUGCUUGCUCUCCAUUCUUGUUUAAUUGUCUGUUUCAACUAAACCACUUGGGCUGCUGCUG